UGAGAUACUGCUGACUCGACUGUAAGAAAAGAAAAUCAGAAUCAAGAUAUGGCGUGGUUUGGUGGUGGUAACCCAGGUCCUCCGCCAUUCCCUGGCUUUGGUUCUGGUUUCAAGUCUAUGUACCGUGCCUAUUCUAUGGUGUUCUCCACUAAAACAAGUGAGGAGAUUAAACAUGGUGGCAAGAUCAUCAUGCCCCCCUCUGCUCUGGAGCAGCUGGCUCGUCUCAACAUCAGUUAUCCAAUGCUCUUCAAACUAUCGAACUCACAGCACUCGCGUAUCACUCACUGUGGAGUACUUGAAUUCGUAGCAGAGGAAGGUCGCAUCUUCCUUCCUCACUGGAUGAUGAAUCAGCUGUAUAUACGGGACGGUGAUCUGGUGGAGUUGGAUAAUGUCUCACUGCAACUAGCCACAUUCUCAAAGUUCCAGCCUCAAACUGUGGACUUCCUAGACAUCUCCAACCCCAAGGCAGUGUUAGAGAGCAAGCUGCGUUCAUUUGCGUGUCUGACUAAAGGUGAUACCAUCGGGAUAGAGUACAAUGCCAAGAUCUAUGAGUUACUGGUGUUGGAUACACAGCCUGGAAAUGCUGUGUCCAUCAUCGAAUGUGAUAUGAAGGUUGACUUUGCUGCUCCUGUUGGCUACAAGUCACCAGAGCCACCACAGAGGAUGGAGACGGAUGCUGCUGAUGACCCCUCAGAUACUGAACGGGAUACACUGAUUAAAGAGGUGCUUGAAAAGCAAGGCAAAUUCAAGGCUUUUGCUGGUGAGGGUCAAAGGUUGAAUGGCAAGGCGAAGCCGGACAAGGUAUCUGAGGAGGGGUCAGAGGUCAAGCCGACACGCGGAAUUCCUAACUAUAACUACAGACGAGGAAAGAUAUCAUUUGAGAAGGCCAAGAACCUCAACCCCCAUCCCCCGGAGGUUAUGGAUGAUGAUGAUGAAGAAGACUUUGUUGCCUUCCAAGGACAAGGACAACAUUUAAGAAUACGGAAAAACAAAUCAAAAACGAAUCAUCAUUGAACUGCAUACCCUUACCUUAUUGUUACAUUAUUAUGACAGUGCAAUUAUUAUUACGAUCCUAGAA